UCAGACUUUUCAUCGACUCAGUUUCCACCGCGGUUUCGAAUCGGGUCAGAGUUGAGUUGGCUUGUCUGUUUUCACGGGACGCUAGUUACACGAUGUCACACCAGAGUAACGGCAAGGUUGGCAACAUUACGGCAUCCGAACUCGACUUUUGUCGUUUCCACCGAACCUCAUCCAGACCUAAUCAUGAAAUAUUUUAUGGUCAGUUUUACAUCUUCUUUGGCAUGAACGUUAAGUAUUAAUUGUAACCUGUCUUCCGAGUGUUGCAUGUAGUUUAAUUUAUUUUUGAAUGCGAUGGCCGCGAAUACACGAUCUCGUGUGGAGAAACUAGGAAUAGGUCAAGACUCUGUUGAGAUAUCAGCGGACCUUUUGAAACGUGCUGAAAAGAACCGUCAGAAGGCUUUACAGUUGAAAAAAGCUAAACUGAUUGCACAUCCGUACGCUAAAGAGGAUAAUACGGACUCUGUAAGUGGAAGGCUCGUCAAAGUUCAGGGUCAACGAGUCAUUGACAGUGGCGGAGGGUUCUUUAUCGAAGAAGAUGAUGAUUUGGAACGGCAAAUGUUGAGGAUUACCUCCGAACCAGCACCAAUUAUAAGUAAGUUGCCUACAUGUGAGGAAUGUCAAGAGGAAUAUAAAGACUCAUACCUUCUCCAAACCUUUGAUUUUUCCGUAUGUGAUAAGUGCAGGGACAACGAAGAUAAGCAUACUUUGAUAACUAGAACAGAAGCAAAACAGGAAUAUUUAUUAAAAGACUGUGACUUAGACAAAAGAGAACCUCCGUUGAAAUAUAUUGUGAGAAAGAAUCCACAUAAUGUUAGGUGGGGUGAAAUGAAACUUUAUUUACAUCUUCAAAUAGAGAAACGUGCCCUGGAAGUUUGGGGAUCUGAAGAGACUUUGAUAGAAGAAAAAGAAAAACGAGAUGUCAAGAGGCAGGAAGGGAAAAUUAAAAAAUUCAACAAAAAGGUGAAACAAUUGCGUAUGACAGUUAGAAGUUCUUUGUACGACAAAACCUCCAAGGCAUCGCAUACCCAUGAAUUUGGGGAAGAUACUUACAACGAAGAAGAUGAUAAUUACACUCACACGUGUGAGACGUGUGGCUAUGAAGAGGUAUAUGAGAAAAUGUAGCAGCCAAGGUAAAGAAUUUUGUGAAAAGCAUACUUUAAUGUACCUACGGGAAAAAAAAUAUUGAAAUCCCAGUGAAAUUUAGAAGUAAACUGCAAAUGUGUACCUUUUAUUGCAUUAUUUAAGGAUAAGUGAACAAUCAUCGCAUCCGAAUUUAUUCAUAAUCAUUUGCAAUUGUUUUGUUGUAAUUUUAUAAUAAGGUAUCUAAUCAUUUUUAAAGAAUUUGUAACUUUAAUUUCAUAUUUUGCUAUAAAUUUUCACGUAUAUGUUAAUUUGUUCCGCCAUACAAUAAAAUAUCUGAAGAACAA